AUGGAAGUAACCUGCCAAUGCAAGACCAUAUCCUUCACCACCCCGACCGCAGAGCCCCUAGCAGUCUACGUGUGCCACUGCACCGAGUGCCGCGCGCAAUCGGCGUCGGCCUUCGGCACGAGCGCCAUCUUCCCCGCCGAACCGGGCCUGUUCCCGCUGCCGCCCGAGCUUGCGUCGCGGCUGCAGGUGUGGACCCGUCCGACCGACAGCGGCGGCACCAUGGACUGCUACUUCUGCCGCGUCUGUGGCGUGCGGGUCAUGCACCGCAUCCGUGGGGCGGAUGGUACGGAGAGGGAGACAGUGAGCAUCAAGGGCGGGCUGGUGAAGGGGUUGAGCUGGAAGGGGGCCGCGCAUAUCUUUACGAGGAGUGCGGUUGUCGAUGUGCCGGAGGGGGUGGAGAGGUGGGAGGGUGCGCCGGAUGUUAUGCCGGGGAGGAAAUCAACUUCAAGCCCCGAGCAUAACCAAUGGAACACGUUAAGGGUCCAGCCCUUCCGGGUGCUGAUCCCUGUUGCUUACCGACCUUAG